AAGUAACAUAAAUCUUCUUAAAAGUAGAAUUGUCAAAAUGAGAUUAAAUUCACCGAGUUAAGCUUGUUUAGCCUGAAUUUUAGACAAAUUGCCCAUUUAACCCGUGAGAAAUCUAAGGUUAAACAGAUAUGGCCUUGACGAGAAUGUUGAGAUGCCUUUCUCGUAGCUUUACGACCGUUUCUUCCAGCUCACCACGAGUCUGUAUCGUCGGUAGUGGACCUGCCGGAUUUUACACCGCCGACAAGAUUCUGAAAGCUCAAGAAGAGGCUCAAGUUGAUAUAAUUGACCGGUUACCAACGCCGUUUGGGUUAGUCCGGUCUGGUGUUGCUCCAGACCAUCCUGAAACCAAGGUAGUGCUUUGCUAUGGUGCUGAAAGUGACAGAGCUCUUGGCAUUCCUGGAGAAGAUUUGACAGGGAUAUAUUCUGCUAGAGAGUUUGUCUGGUGGUACAAUGGGCACCCAGACUGCAGAAACUUGGCUCCAGACUUGAAGAACACAGAUACUGCUGUUGUUGUUGGUCAGGGAAAUGUAGCUCUUGAUGUAGCCCGUGUACUUUUACGAUCAACCUUUGAGUUGGCAAAAACUGAUAUUUCUUCCCAUGCCUUGGCUGCUCUAGAAGAGAGCUGUAUAAGAAAAGUUUUUGUGGUGGGCAGACGUGGACCAGUGCAAGCAUCUUUCACUGCAAAGGAGCUACGUGAAAUUCUUGGCAUCAAGAAUUUGUACAUUCACAUUGAGGAAGCAGAUCUGCAUAAAACUCCCGCUGAUGAGGAAGUAUUAAAGAAUAAUCGGAUCAAUAGGAGAAUUCACGAGUUGCUCUCUAAGGCUGCUAUUUCUACAGCUCCAUAUCCUACUCCUGGUCAACGGGAACUACACUUUGUUUUCUUUCGAAAACCGGAAAGGUUUUUAGAAUCAGAUGCUAGAAGUGGUCAUGUGGCUGGUGUGAAAUUUGAGCGCACAAUUAUUAGAGAAGAUGUUGGCUCGGGGAAACAGAUUGCAGUAGGUACAGGACAGUUUGAUGACUUGGAAUGCAGGCUGGUUUUGAAGAGUAUCGGCUAUAAAUCAGUAUGUGUUGAGGGCUUACCUUUUGAUCCCCAGAAUGGCAUAGUUCCAAACAUUAGAGGCCGUGUCCUAAGUGAUUCUACAGGAGACCUCACAGAGGUCGAGAAGGGCUUAUACGUUUGUGGUUGGUUGAAAAGAGGACCAACUGGAAUCAUUGCUACCAAUCUUUACUGCGCUGAAGAAACUGAGGUGCUUACAGUUUGUAACCGAUUGAAAACGCCCGAUGUACACGUGAUUCGUGGCAGGUUGCCAGCAUUUCUGAAGAUAUCAAGAAAGGAAUUCUACCAUCCACAUCUGGCUCGUCAAAGCCGGGGAGGGAGGGCCUCCUUCGACUACUGGACAGUAGGAACUCUACAGUCAUCCCAUUCGAGGGCUGGCAGAAGAUCGAUGCUGAAGAGAAAAGGCGAGGGCUUCUGAAAAACAAACCCAGAGAAAAACUCACCAGUUGGGAGGAACUACUUGAAGUUGCCGGGAAAUGAAGACUUCUGCCCCCGACACCACCCAUUCAAUCCUUUUCUGAUUAUGGAUGGUAUUUGAUUUCUGGGUUAGUAUGCAUGAAUUCAUUUGAGUUCAAUACCUGACUUGAGCUGCAUUGCAUUCUUGGAGUUUAUACAUUAGACUUAGAGAUAAUUGGUUUUUUGAAUAAUUGAAGGUCUUGUAUGGUGCUAAUGUUCAAGCCCCAGAAUGUUCUUGAGAAACAAAAUUCUUAUAAUUGAAACAUUUUUAGAACAAAUAUGGUGAUGAUUUAUGUAUUUUGGAAAAUGCUUUUGAAAUCAAAUAAAAGAAAGAGUUUUUGAGGUUGAGAGUUUCAA